AGGGAGGAAAAAAGGGGCGGGGCCGAGCGGGCGCGCGCGCGCGAGGAUGUGAAGAUGGCGGAGCUGCAGAUGCUGCUGGAGGAGGAGAUCCCGGGAGGGCGCCGGGCCCUCUUCGAUAGCUAUACCAACCUCGAGCGGGUCGCAGAGUACUGCGAGAGCAACUACAUCCAGUCAACAGAUAAACAACGGGCCCUAGAAGAAACCAAAGCAUACACAACUCAGUCUUUAGCUAGCGUAGCUUAUUUGAUCAACACCUUGGCCAACAAUGUUCUCCAGAUGCUGGAUAUCCAGGCGUCGCAGCUUCGGCGCAUGGAAUCUUCAAUCAACCACAUUUCACAAACCGUUGACAUACACAAAGAAAAAGUGGCUAGAAGAGAAAUUGGCAUCUUGACUACUAACAAAAAUACUUCAAGAACUCACAAAAUCAUUGCGCCAGCCAAUCUGGAGAGACCAGUUCGUUAUAUUAGAAAACCUAUUGAUUAUACAAUUUUAGAUGAUACUGGGCAUGGGGUAAAGUGGUUGCUUAGAUUUAAGGUUAGUACACAGAAUAUGAAAAUGGGUGGUCUCCCUCGUACCACACCUCCCACCCAGAAACCACCCAGUCCACCAAUGUCAGGGAAAGGAACCAUUGGGCGCCACUCUCCCUAUCGCACACUGGAGCCAGUGCGUCCUCCAGUGGUACCAAAUGACUAUGUACCUAGCCCAACCCGUAAUAUGGCUCCCUCGCAGCAGAGCCCUGUUAGAACAGCUUCUGUGAAUCAGAGGAAUCGCACUUACAGCAGCAGUGGAAGCAGUGGAGGGAGUCACCCCAGCAGUCGGAGCAGCAGUCGAGAGAACAGUGGAAGUGGGAGUGUAGGAGUUCCUAUUGCUGUCCCUACUCCAUCCCCGCCUAGUGUGUAUCCAGCCCCUGCCAGCUCGGCUGGCACUUCUCCCCUUCCUGCUACUUCUGUCCCUGCUCCCACCACUCUCACUCCUGCUACCGUCCCAUCCUCCGCUGCCCCAGAUGCUGCUGCCACUACUGCCGCAGGGGCUCAACCUCUAGCUGAUUGCUUCACCUCUCCAACUCCCCCUGCUGCCUCUUCCGCUCCUUCUGCAGGCCAUACCGUUCAGUUCUAUAGCAUGAAUAGACCGGCUACGCGGCAUACCCCUCCAACAAUAGGGGGCUCCCUGCCCUACAGGCGUCCCCCCUCCAUCACUUCACAGAACAGCCUUCAAAACCAAGUGAAUGGAGGGCCCUUUUAUAGCCAGAACCCAGUAUCUCUUGCACCUCCUCCUCCCUCUAUCCUACAGGUAACUCCUCAGUUACCACUGAUGGGAUUUGUGGCCAGAGUUCAGGAAAAUAUUUCGGAGACUCCUCCACCCCCACCCCCUGUAGAUGAACCAGUCUUUGAUGAAUCUCCCCCUCCACCACCUCCUCCAGAAGAUUAUGAAGAGGAAGAAGCAGCUGUGGUGGAAUAUAGUGAUCCAUACGCUGAAGAGGAUCCCCCCUGGGCACCGAGGACCUACUUGGAGAAAGUUGUGGCGAUCUAUGACUACUCUAAAGACAAGGAGGACGAACUCUCCUUUCAGGAAGGUGCCAUCAUUUAUGUCAUUAAGAAAAAUGAUGAUGGUUGGUAUGAAGGUGUCAUGAACGGAGUGACCGGACUCUUCCCAGGGAACUACGUGGAGUCCAUCAUGCACUACUCGGAGUGAAGACUGCCGUGGAGGGCAAGAGGCACCCUUGCCCCUUGCUUGCCAAGAGACUGUGGGCUUCCCCAGACCUCCACCGGCCCUGGGAGAGACCCUGGCAUGUGAACUGAAGGAUGGGAGGAACGAAGGAAAGAUCAUUGUAACAAAAACACUCAAGUUUAUUUUCUUUGAUUCUUGGUUUUACUUCCCCCUCCCUUUUUAUAAAAUAGUGAUUUCAGUUGUUUUGAAGAAGUGGCUCUUCCAUUUCUGCCAGCAGUGGCAGAGCUGAGCAUUGUGACAGAUUUUAAUAAGCAGAUCCAUUCAGGCCUAGAGUCAGGAGAUGCAAAGAGCUUGCCAAUUAACUGAUCCAUUGCUCAAAUUGUGACCCAUUCAAUCUAGACAUGGGAUUUUUCUCAGGAAUAAUUGUAAGCCCUGGGUAUUGGGACACCCCAAGUACCAAUGUGGAAGGCUUGGCUUUGAUAGGCCAUUGAUUCCCUUGCCCCCUGCCCCAGCCUGCCCUCCCAGUCUCCCUACACUACACACUUUUAACUGCUGUGAAGUAGUAUUGUGCUGACAAACAUCUGGAUCUCAGGUUGGUUCCUUGCGUCUCUAAAUCAAGUAGUUGUUCAGCACAUGUAGCCUGAUCUGAACAUGCAAGGAGCUAGUCUCCGAUUCAGCUGCCUCUUACAUUUGGCAGUGUAUAAGGAUGUCAUAUUGGAGAUGGUCUCCUAGUUAUGUGGAUCCUUUUCAAGCACAAACAUGGCCACUCUCAUAUGGUUAAAUUACUUUUAAGGUGUUGAAGGAAGGUCCUGAAGGAAGAUAAUAUGUCAACAUUAAAGAUUAGGUUAUGUUUGAUUUUACAGGCAGCCAUAUUCUGUUUCCCAGUUUGCAAAAUAUUGUGAGAAUGGUUUACACCUUCUUGCCUGAUGUUCUCCAUGUUGUUCAGUUACUGCUUUCAGAUCAUGUGUGUGCCAGAUGUGGUGGAUAUGCACUUCAGCCCUCAGCCCUGGUACUUCUCACUGAGACUCGAUGUGGUCUUCUGGAAUCACCUCAUGUUUUAUAAAUUGGGAAAUUAGAACUUGGGGGAACAAGUAUAUCUAGGGAAGGGAAAAGUUUUGAGUUUAUUAUAUGGUUCAGAUAAAGCCCUAAUCAACUCAAAUAUUUAUCACCAUGUACAUCAUUUGUCCAUUUCCAGAUCUUGGAAGCUAUUGCAAAUAUUGCCCAGUGUCGGAUGAUUUUGCAAGGAUUUCAAAGGGCUCGCUUUUUUCUGGUUUUCUUUGAACACUAAUUGGAAACUGAUGAGAACCAUUGCUCUCUUCCACCCCCAUUGAGAUGGUUGUUUUUCCAAUAUGUCAAUGGAACCCUUCUAUGACAGCUCUCGGGAUUUUAGGACCACACUGGAUGAUACAUGAAAUGUAGGUGUAUUUGAUUAAUCAGCAGCUAUUGAAGUUCUCGAGCAGGAUUGUGCCUGAGAUGAGUGAAAAUGUGGAAAGAAGCGAAAUGUAGAAAGAAGUUCAUGUUGUUUGCAGGAGCAGCUUCUGUGCUUUGGCAGAUAGACUAACCUGAGGGAAAGAAUUUUGCUGGGUCAGUGCAGUCUGUAUCUGUUCCAUUUUCAAUCCUAGUUCCACCUCUCACCCUUAAUACAAGGUAUGUGGACGUUGACCACACAUUUCUUGUAUCAUCUGAGUUGAUUACAAUGAUCUGUUAGGCUCCACAGACCAGAUGAGAAUGCAUUGAGAUGACACUUUAAAUAUGACGUACUAGCCUUUCUUCAACUAGCUCAAAAUUAAUUAAUCCAGCAAAACCCGGUUUUGUAUCUAGUUUUACAAUCUGUGCAGACUGUGUUGGUUUAACCACCACAGUAGGAGGGUUGUGGAACGUCUUUUUUGUUGUUGCUAGAGCCAUGAACAAACUUCAGGUAUUACCGAGAGUCAUUAUCCUGCUAUAGAUGGCUAUAGCCUCCAAGAUUACAGCUGCUUAUGUGGGUUAUCAGGGUGCUUGCAAAGGUUACAGAUUCAAAGCUUAAGACUAAGAUGCUCUCCUUUGACUACAUGCAUUGAAAUGGGAUCACAGUACUCACAGUUACUGUGAGUAACUGUGACCUUCCACAUGAUUUUAUCCUUCCACAUGAUUUUAUCCUACUACUGUCAUCAGUCAUCAGAGCCAGUGAUGGUGGAUUAUGGAAACUACAGUUGAAAAACAUAUGAACUGAUAUAUUUGGGGAGCUGAAAUAUAGUUUGGCUAGGUGGAGCCACCUCCAUUAAGAGUAGGUUCACAUUGUGGUUCUUCAAGCUCUAGAAGGAUGGAACAUUUUCAGUGUGCCAGAGGUUUGAAAACAGGUUUAUUGGUACUAUCUGGAAACGUUCAAUGAGAUACCUUUUUUGAGAUAGCUCAUGACCCGAAUGAAAUUAUUAGCCAUGAUUUGCAUUA